UCAAAAACUUUUUCCGGUAUCCUAAUAAGACCAACGGAUACUUUCUCCGGUAACAUAAUAGUAAGACUACCGGUUAUAAUUUCCGGUAACAUUUAUUUUCAAAACAAAAUUUAUUUGGCGUCCAUUUUUCAAAUUACCCUCUCAAACCUAAAAUCCUUGCGCAAACCCAAUUCUCUAUCUCCCCCGCUCCACAACCUCUUCUCCGCCAAUACGCCUUGUUCAUCUUCCGCCUCCACCGCCUUUCCACGCCGCUAAUUGCCCCCGCCACCGCGCUGGUUGUUGCCAUUGAGUGUCAAAACUGAAUAUGUAAUCGAAGAAUAAUCAUGCCUCGUUUCCAGCAUUGUGGUUGGAGAAAUCUUACGGGAAGUCAUGCCCACCAAAUGUUUGUUUUUAUUCCUGACUGAGAAACACCAGCUCACAAAACCAUAUUUCUAGCAACCGUAAUUGUGGAAUUGCCUGGAUAUUGGAUUACUUCCUUUGUCUAAUUGUAGUUACAGUUCUACUAGGAGUUGAUUACAGAAAACUACAAGCAACACUGAGUAUGGACCAUGGUUAGCAACAUCACCAGCUUACUCAGAGUAUGAACAUCUUCCCCACAGUGUGAUAGUAAGAAUAUUUUUCUGCAAAAAGCUUGGAGAAAAUGUGUUGGCCAUUGCAUACUACAAGAAAGGGAAGCUCAGAACUGAGGAGAUUGGUUUUCAGCAUCCUGGCAGUAGAGACCGUCGAUCUGUGGCACAGUUCAUUAACACAAAUGGAUCACAAAGCAGUGUUGCAUCAGCAAGUACACACCAUGGUGGUCUAUCAUCAACCAUUAUACAACAAGGAGGUUCAUAAUAGCAGGUUAAAUAAAUAUCUUACUUGAACAUAAUAACUAAACCUAGUACAAUAUAUCGUUAGCGAUAUGAUUACAAUGCUUGAAACCAUAACUUUAAUUUGGCUUUGUAUAUUAUUUUCCUAUGAUGCAUAUUUCUUUUGUUAAUAUUGAUACCAUUUGUACAUUGUAGAAUUCGUCGUCUUGGUAAUGUACAUUCUUAUUAAACCUGAAUGAGUUUGUCAAUUAUCAUUUGUCAACUAGGAAAUGUUGCUUUGUACAAAAGUUGUUUGGGUGUUACUAUGGGUAGUGUGUUGUUUCUCCAUUUAUCUAUAUUCAGGUAUAGUAAGUUUAAUAUUUUUCUUUACUUCAUGGGCUUUCAUAUUGUAUAAAAUGAAGUAAACUACGUAGUAUUUUUUCAAAUUUUCAUUAGUACUUUAAAUACUUGAAGCUAAACUUUUAACCUCUUAUUACUGUAUUUGUUUUCUUCGAAAGGGUGUGCAUCCUGGUCUCAGGUUUGUGUUAUGAGAACUGACAAUACAGUAGCAGUCUAGCACAAUACAUAAAUUUUUGUACUUCAGAGGAUCAGAUUUUUUUUCACUCUUUUGUGAAGUGUUGUUUCAAGUAAAGCUUCAUUGAUUAUUUGGCAUGUUGGGUUUCAACUUAUAUUAAUUGCCGACUUUACAAGGCCUUCUCAUUAUUAGAGCCUCUGUUUCAUUUAUAAUUUCCAUUUUCUUGAUUACGUAAAUGUUUGGGCUCCCAAUUGAUUCUCAAUUGGGCCACUAAGUCCAAAGCCCAAUGGCUCUAAACAACAACAUCAAACCUACCAAUGGCUAUUCAGCCAUCCAUUAAGGCCCAAGGCCCAAUAACAAUAAGUGACCUAUGGGCAUUUAUUAUGCAAACACUAUAAAUAGGCCGCCAAGGCUCACACCUCAAGGUACGUCAAAUUUACCGCCUUAAGACUACUCUUCUAGAGAACUUCUCUCUAGAAUCCGAGCAUCAUUCUUACUUAGGCAUCGGAGGGGCUUUCCUCGGAAACACCCCCGAGGCUAGUAACUUUGCUAUUGUGCAGGUGAAUUCGGACUCCACUCAUUCAAACAAGCAAGAUCUUCAACACAUACAAAAGGGCCUUCAUUCGAAGCCCAUUGUUUCCAUCUUUACAACACCGGAACAAUUUGGCGCCGUCUGUGGGGAAGAACACUUCAAAGCCUUUGGAAGACAUCAACCACCUCUUUCCGCGAAAAUGGUGAAUGAUGUUGUUAACAAUGACGACGAUAUGAUGGUGCGGUCAGAUUCAGAAUCUGACCAAGAGGGGCACCCUCAAUCGAUGGCGAGGUCACAGCCAAGCAGAGCUACGACCGCCACAAAUGCAGGACCUCCGAUUCCAACUAGGGAAGAGCUCACUGCGGCCAUGACCAUCAUGCAAAACUUCCUCUUCAAUGAGAAGCAGCAAGGACUGGCAAACGACCGCAGAGAAGAGAGGAGGACCAGGCGAAGGCUGAACGAGCCACCCAGUGCGGAAAUGUCCAGACCCGAACGAGAACUCCUUCCCUUGACAGGAACACACUUGACGUCGAGGUGGACGGAAAGCACGUGGGACACCCAAAAAAGGGCACAACAGCAACCAGAUUGGUUUGCGAGACCAUCGCCUACUCCAACAGCUCUCCAAAGCGAAUCAACUACUCGUAACACUCGGAUCCGAAGCUCGGUGCUCAGCAGGUUGAGGCCCUCGGUCCACUCAAGGUUAAGACCUUCGAUCCACACGAGACUCGGAGUAGGUGAGUCGAGCAGAUCUGGCGAACGACCCGAGGUCAGUAGCCGAGAAAGAAGAAGAGACAGGAGGCAUGAUCGAACCCCUAGCCCCCAUCGUACGCCCGAACGUUCUAAUCAUAGAACCUCGGCAAACGAAGGCAUCAGGGCUAGACUCGGGAAAAGAAUCAUGACUCCUACGUCAUCCCCUUUCUCGGACGAGCUGAUUAUGGAAGAAAUACCGAAGGUAAGACUGCCAGCUCACCUAACCUACAGCGGAAUCACAGAUCCGAGGGAUCAUGUCAUCUCCUACGAGCAGCAAAUGUUCUUGAGUCCCUACUCCGAAGCAUGCUGGUGUAAAUACUUCCCAACCACGCUAACCGGAGUGGCGGGAGAGUGGUUUAGAUCGCUGCCGAAGGGAUCGAUCAAGAGCUGGAGAAAGCUGAAAAAGAGAUUCUGCACACAGUUCGUGAGCAACAAUCGCCCCGAGCGAACCACAGCAGAACUGACCUCAAUCCAACAAGAAAGAGACGAAAGUCUGAGAGAAUUCAUGGCCAGAUUCAUGAAGGAGUCAACAAACAUACCAAACUUGCAGCCAGACGUGGCCAUCUUCGCCUUGAAGCACGCGCUCCAGGAAGGGAAGUUCCGUGACGAACUCUCAAUGAAGAACCCCUCCAGAAUAGCUGACGUGCUCCAAAUGGCUGACGCGUUCAUCAGAACCGAGGAGUUCAACAAGGCCGCUGCAAGACUGAAAGGAUCGUCGGAUCCGAGAGACACAAAGAAUACCCAGAGCAAGCCCGAGGGUAGCUCAAGGAAGGGGAAAGAGAAAGUAGGAGCUAGAGAGAUGAGCCCGAAGAAAGACGGGAGAAGGGGUGAACUUCAACCCAAGUACACCAACUACACUCCACUAGCUCUGCCCCGAAAGGAGAUAUUCAGCCUCAACAGAAAUGACGAAAAGUGGAAACUACCUGGGAAGCUCAAGUCCAACCCAGCUCGGAGAAACAAGAACAAAUGGUGCGAGUUCCAUGAUGACUUCGGUCACCAUACCGAAGAAUGCAACUCGCUGAAAGACAACAUUGAGGACCUCGUUCGCCGAGGCUACCUGAAACAGUACUUGUUAGACCGAAGGGAGGAAAAAGAAAAGGCCGCAAGCGGCAAACAACACGAGCAACCCCAGAAAAGGGUCUACGAAGCAACAGGGCACAAGAAAAAUGACAUCCUAGUGGUGUUCGGGGGACAGAAGUCUGGCCAGGCCAGCAAAAAACACCUAAGAGCCCUCUCCCAUCGGGUCAACUUCAGCGCGGUGGGAGACAACCAGCCACACCCCCCGAACAUGACCUUCACUGCUGAUGAUUGCUUCGGAGUCCAGUACAAGCAUGAUGAUCCUCUGGUCAUCUCCAUGGACCUCAAUAACCACAACGUACAUCGAGUAUUAGUCGACGGAGGAAGUGCCGUCAAUAUCAUCUUCAGAAACUGCUUCGAGCAGCUGAUCCUCGAAGAGCCAGAGGAAGCACUGACGAAAGUCAGUUAUCCUCUGAUCGGAUUCAACGGAUCCGCAGCUAUCCCUCGAGGAAAGAUCACCCUGCCAGUCACAGUGGGCGAAGGCCAGGCAGCAAAAACCCUUCGGGACGAAUUUUUGGUGAUGGACUGCGACUCCGUAUACAACGUAAUCAUGGGGAGAACCAUGAUUCACAAGAUGCAAGCAGUCCCCUCCACAUACCACCAGCUGAUGAUAUACGUCUCGGAUGCAGGAUUCGCCGAACGAAUCAGGGGUGAUCAAGAAGUGGCGAGAAGAACCUGCCACACUGCUGUCCGAAAGCCCAAACUAGAGGACGGCCCCGAGGAAGAAAAAGGAGCUAAGGGAGAAGAAAGCGAGGCAAAAAGAAGAAGAGCAAGCACGAGCAGCUUGUCUCCCGCAGAAGUUGAUGCUCGCCCCGAAACCCUAUCUCCCGAACCAGAUCAAGAAAUGGAGGAUAUCUUCCUCGAAGAUAAUUCAGACAGGAGCGUCCGAAUAGGCAAGGGCCUAAGCUCGGGGCUCCGAAUCGAUUUGAUCCGACUACUCAGGGAUCACAAAGACAUCUUCGCAUGGUCAGCAGCAGAUAUGCCAGGGAUAAAUCCGAAGCUGAUUUGUCACAAGCUGGAUGUCAACGCUGAAGCUCGGCCAAUCAAGCAAAAAAAGAGAAAUUACUCCUCGGAGAAAAACAAAGCCAUCGCCGAGGAGGUUAAAAAGUUGCAAGAGGCCGGAUUCAUCGAACCAUGCAUGUAUCCGAAGUGGCUGGCCAACGUGGUGAUGGUCAAGAAAGCGAACGGCUCAUGGCGAAUGUGCGUAGAUUUCACAGAUCUGAACCGAGCCUGCCCCAAAGACUGCUAUCCCCUGCCAAGGAUAGAUCAACUGGUUGACUCCACCAGCGGCCAUGCACUGCUCAGCUUCAUGGAUGCCUUUUCAGGCUACCACCAAGUAUUCAUGCACCCCGAUGACAGGGCAAAGACAGCGUUCAUCACAAGCGCAGGAGUGUUCAACUACAAAAUGAUGCCUUUCGGCUUAAAAAAUGCCGGAGCCACCUACCAGAGGUUAGUUGACCACGUCUUCGCCGACCAGAAAGGGAGGAACGUGGAGGUCUACGUGGAUGACUCCAUCGUAAAAAGCAUCAAGGAGGAAGACCAUGUCAAAGACUUGGCAGAGACCUUCGGAAAUCUGAGGAAAUACAGCAUGAAGCUGAACCCAAAAAAAUGCGUCUUCGGGGUGAAGUCAGGGAAAUUCCUCGGAUUCAUGGUGAGCGAAAGAGGAAUUGAUGCGAACCCAGACAAAGUCCAAGCGGCAUUGGAUUUACCCGAGCCGAAGACCAAGAGAGAUGUGCAGAGGCUAACCGGCAGGUUAGCCGCACUAACAAGGUUCAUAUCAAAAGCCUCGGACAAGGGAGCCCCCUUCUUCAAGGCACUGAAACCAAAGAACCUCCCCGGAGGAGAAGCAGAACCAGUCAAGAAAAAGGGGGUCCCGAGGAAAAUGGAUCCCGAACUGAUAUGGGAACAGGAGCAAAAAGAAGCUUUUCAGCAACUCAGAGCCCACCUAGCUCAACUGCCGACACUGGCCAGACCAAAGGAGGGGGAAACCCUGUACCUAUAUGUCGCAGUUAGCCCUGGAACCGUCAGCGCAGUGCUUCUUCGGGAAGAAGAAAAGAAGCAACAGCCAAUCUACUUCACCAGCCGAACACUUACAGGAGCCGAAACCCGGUACCCACUCAUCGAGAAAGUCGCAUAUGCAGUAGUGGUAGCUGCACGAAAACUGAGGCCAUACUUCGACUCCCACCAGAUCACAGUGCUAACUGACCAACCGCUCGAAAAAGUACUCGACAAAAUAGAGAGGUCAGGAAGAUUGGCUGCCUGGGCCUUCGAACUAUCAGAGUUCGGCAUCAAAUAUCAGCCGAGGACAGCAAUCAAAGCACAAGCAUUGGCAGACUUCUUGGCCGAGUGCUCAUACCAGGAAAUGUUGGAUGAUACGAAAAGCACUUGGGAGGUCUUCACUGACGGAUCUUCCACAGUAAACGGCUCAGGGGCAGGAGUUGUACUAAUCCCCCCGACGGGGAAAAGCAUAGAGUAUGCAUUGAAGUUCGGCUUCAAAGCAACCAACAACGAGGCCGAAUACGAGGCCGCAAUCGCAGGGAUAGAGCUUUGUUUAUCCCUGGAGGCCGAACAUGUUCGCCUCAAAACUGAUUCCCAGCUUGUAGCCAACCAGAUCCGAGGAGAGUAUGAGGCCAAAUGGCCCAGCAUGACAGCCUAUUUAGCAAAGAUUAAAUCCUUAACGUCAAAGUUAAGAUCCUUUGAAGUCAUCCUCAUUCCCCGAGGACAGAACGCGCAAGCAGACGCACUGUCAAAACUCGCAAGCUCGACACUCAUCGACCUAAACAGGUCGGUCCACGUGGAAGUUCACCAGGAGAGAAGCAUCGACUUGCUACCCACCACAGUAUGCAGCUUACGCACCGAACCGAGCUGGAUGGACGCAGUAGUUGCAUACAAAGAAAGGGGAGAACUCCCUGAAGAUAAGCUGCAAGCGAGAAAACUGAAAAGAUUCAACAGAUGGUUCAUCAUCAGCGCCGAAGGAGAGCUCAUGAGGAAAUCAUUCUCUGCUCCGCUGCUAAAAUGUGUGGGUCCAACAGACGCUGACUACAUCCUAAGGGAAAUCCACCUCGGGAUAUGCGGAAACCACAUUGGAGGUAGGACAUUAGCACAUAAAGCCCUUCGGGCUGGGUACUGGUGGCCCACUAUGGUUUCCGAGGCAAAGCAGAUGGCAAGGAAAUGCGAGAAAUGCCAAAAGUUCGCACCAGCCAUCCAUCAACCAGCUCAAGCCCUACAAUCAACACUGUAUCCCUUACCAUUCGCACAGUGGGGGUUAGACAUCAUUGGUCCCUUCCCCUCAGCGACGAACCAGAAGAAGUGGUUGAUUGUAGGAGUCGACUAUUUUAGCAAAUGGAUCGAAGCCGAAGCUGUCUCCUCCAUCACCGAACCUCAGGUCCGCAAGUUCAUAUGGCAGAACAUCAUCACAAGGUUCGGCAUACCAAGACUGAUGGUCUUCGACCACGGGAAACAGUUCGACAACACCCCGUUGCAAAAGUGGUGCAAACAGUUCGGCAUACACCUAGCAUACUCGGCAGUCUGUCACCCACAAAGCAACGGGCAAGCCGAAGCCGCUAACAAACUCAUCCUCAACGCACUCAAGAAAAGAGUCGAGGAUGACAAAAACAAAUGGUUAGAAGAGCUACCCGGAACGCUAUGGUCCCUUCGGACCACUGAAAAAGAAGCUACCGGACAAACACCGUUCCACCUUGUAUACGGAUCCGAAGCUGUAAUUCCUGUGGAAAUCGGAACAGAAAGCCUGAGGAUCCAGGCAUACAACAGGUAUGAUGGGCUCCAAGGAGAAAGCAACAACCAGCUUCUAUCCGAAGCUCUCGAUCUACUGGAUGAAGCUCGGAACGAUGCAAGGACACUCAACGCAGCCUAUUUGCAGAGGGUCAACAAGCAUUACAACCGAAGAGUCAACGCCAGACCCCUAAAAGUCGGUGAUCUAGUACUCAGAAACGCCGCCUCGGUUCAGAAAGGACGGAUCCAUGGCAAACUCUCAGCCACUUGGGAAGGACCAUACAUCAUCCAUUCCGAAAAAAGGCCAGGCACGUAUAUGCUGAAACAGUUAGAUGGAACAAUUCUGAAGAACCAUUGGAAUACCGAUGUUCUCAAGAAAUAUUUUGUAUGAUCUCUGUCUGUAAACCAAGUAAGUUGUUUAAUGAGAAGAGGAAAGCCAUUGGCACCAUGUGUUUCAUUAAACUUAUCUCUACAUUUAUUGUCCCCUUAUAUAUAUAUGCAGC